CCGCCGCCGCCGCCGCCGCAGCCGCCGCCUGGGCCGCCCGUGUCCCCGGUGGAGCCGCCGCCGCCGCCGCUGCCGCCGCCGCCGCCGCCGCGAGCUCGAUGCGGACGGAGCCUGGGCCGGGCCAUGGGGAUCCUCAGCAUCACGGACCAGCCGCCCCUGGUCCAGGCCAUCUUUAGCCGAGAUGUGGAGGAAGUGCGUUCCCUCCUCUCGCAGAAGGAGAACAUCAAUGUGCUGGACCAGGAGAGGCGAACCCCAUUGCAUGCUGCUGCCUACGUAGGCGAUGUCCCCAUCCUCCAAUUGCUACUGAUGUCAGGUGCUAAUGUCAACGCUAAGGACACACUGUGGCUGACCCCUCUUCAUCGUGCUGCUGCCUCCCGAAACGAGAAGGUGCUGGGGCUGCUACUGGCACAUUCAGCUGAUGUGAAUGCCCGGGACAAGCUGUGGCAGACACCACUGCAUGUGGCUGCUGCCAACCGGGCCACCAAGUGUGCUGAGGCUCUGGCACCCCUGUUGAGCAGCCUGAAUGUGGCUGACAGGAGUGGGCGCAGCGCUCUGCACCAUGCAGUUCACAGUGGGCAUCUGGAGACGGUGAACCUGCUCCUCAACAAGGGAGCGAGCCUGAAUGUCUGCGAUAAAAAGGAGCGGCAGCCACUGCACUGGGCAGCUUUUCUAGGGCAUUUGGAGGUCCUGAAACUUCUGGUGGCACGUGGAGCAGACCUCAGCUGUAAAGACCGGAAGGGCUACGGGCUGUUGCACACAGCUGCGGCCAGCGGCCAGAUCGAAGUGGUGAAGUACUUGCUCCGAAUGGGGGCCGAGAUCGAUGAGCCCAACGCUUUUGGAAACACAGCUUUGCACAUCGCCUGCUACCUGGGCCAGGAUGCUGUGGCCAUAGAACUCGUGAAUGCCGGAGCUAAUGUCAACCAGCCAAAUGACAAGGGUUUCACACCACUGCAUGUGGCAGCUGUCUCCACCAAUGGCGCACUCUGCUUGGAGCUGUUGGUCAAUAACGGGGCUGAUGUCAACUACCAGAGCAAAGAAGGAAAAAGUCCUCUGCACAUGGCUGCCAUUCAUGGCCGAUUUACCCGCUCCCAGAUCCUCAUCCAGAAUGGUAGCGAGAUUGAUUGUGCUGACAAAUUUGGGAACACACCACUACAUGUGGCUGCCCGCUACGGACACGAGCUGCUCAUCAGCACCCUCAUGACCAAUGGCGCGGAUACCGCCCGGCGCGGUAUCCACGACAUGUUUCCCCUGCACUUAGCUGUUCUCUUUGGAUUCUCUGACUGUUGCCGGAAGCUUCUUUCUUCAGGUCAGCUGUACAGCAUCGUGUCUUCGCUCAGCAAUGAGCAUGUGCUUUCCGCUGGGUUUGACAUCAACACCCCGGACAGCCUUGGCCGCACCUGUCUCCAUGCUGCUGCUUCUGGAGGGAACGUUGAAUGUCUUAAUUUGCUUUUGAGCAGUGGAGCUGACCUGAGGAGGAGAGACAAGUUUGGAAGGACUCCACUGCACUAUGCAGCUGCCAACGGUAGCUACCAGUGCGCAGUGACACUGGUGACCGCCGGGGCGGGCGUCAAUGAGGCUGACUGCAAAGGCUGCUCCCCCCUUCACUACGCUGCUGCCUCUGACACCUACCGGAGGGCGGAACCCCACACUGCUUCCAGCCAUGAUGCGGAAGAGGAUGAGCUGCUGAAGGAGUCCCGCAGGAAGGAGGCCUUCUUCUGUCUGGAGUUCUUAUUGGAUAAUGGUGCAGACCCCUCCCUGCGGGACAGGCAGGGCUACACAGCUGUGCACUAUGCAGCCGCCUACGGCAACAGACAGAACCUCGAACUGCUCUUAGAAAUGUCCUUUAACUGCCUGGAGGAUGUGGAGAGCACUGUUCCAGUCAGCCCUUUGCACUUAGCUGCCUACAAUGGUCACUGUGAAGCCCUGAAGACACUGGCUGAGACGCUGGUGAAUCUGGAUGUAAGGGACCACAAGGGCCGCACCGCGCUCUUCCUGGCCACCGAGCGAGGCUCUACUGAGUGUGUGGAGGUGCUCACAGCCCAUGGUGCCUCUGCCCUCAUCAAGGAGCGUAAACGCAAGUGGACACCCCUACAUGCUGCUGCUGCCUCCGGCCACACCGAUUCCCUGCACUUGCUGAUAGACAGUGGGGAGCGAGCUGACAUCACAGACGUCAUGGACGCCUAUGGACAGACCCCACUGAUGCUGGCCAUUAUGAAUGGUCAUGUGGAUUGUGUACAUCUGCUGUUAGAGAAGGGAUCCACGGCCGAUGCUGCUGACCUCCGUGGCCGCACCGCCCUCCACCGUGGGGCAGUGACUGGCUGUGAGGAUUGCCUGGCUGCCCUGCUGGACCAUGAUGCAUUUGUGCUGUGCCGAGACUUUAAGGGCCGCACACCUAUUCACCUGGCCUCAGCCUGUGGCCAUGCUGCAGUGCUGCGGACCCUGCUGCAGGCUGCCCUCUCCACAGACCCCCUAGAUGCUGGUGUGGAUUACAGCGGAUACUCGCCCAUGCACUGGGCCUCCUACACUGGACAUGAAGAUUGUCUGGAGUUGUUACUUGAACACAGCCCGUUCUCAUACUUGGAGGGAAACCCCUUCACUCCUUUGCACUGUGCAGUAAUUAAUAACCAGGACGGCACCACAGAGAUGCUGCUGGGAGCUCUGGGUGCCAAGAUUGUGAACAGCCGAGACGCCAAAGGACGGACCCCCCUUCACGCCGCUGCCUUCGCGGACAAUGUGUCUGGGCUCCGGAUGCUGUUGCAGCAUCAAGCUGAAGUGGACGCCACUGACCACACUGGGCGCACUGCACUCAUGACGGCAGCCGAGAAUGGGCAGACUGCUGCUGUGGAAUUUCUGCUGUAUCGAGGGAAGGCUGACCUCACCGUGCUGGACGAGAACAAGAACACUGCCCUGCACUUGGCUUGUAGCAAGGGCCAUGAGAAGUGUGCCCUCAUGAUCCUGGCAGAAACCCAAGACCUUGGCCUUAUCAAUGCCACCAACAGUGCACUGCAGAUGCCACUCCACAUUGCUGCCCGGAACGGCCUAGCUUCUGUGGUGCAGGCCCUGCUGAGCCGUGGGGCCACAGUGCUGGCUGUGGAUGAAGAAGGUCACACCCCAGCACUGGCCUGCGCUCCCAACAAAGAUGUGGCAGACUGCCUGGCCUUGAUCCUUUCCACCAUGAAGCCUUUCCCACCCAAGGACGCCGUCAGCCCUUUCAGCUUCAGCCUGCUCAAGAACUGCAGCAUCGCGGCCGCCAAGACGGUGGGUGGCUGUGGCGCCCUGCCGCAUGGGGCCUCCUGUCCCUACAGCCAGGAGCGGCAUGGUGCCAUUGGGUUAGAUGGCUGCUACUCCGAGUAGCCCCCUCCAGGUUCCUCUCCCUGCCGGUGGCUUGAUACCCUAUUCUAUUUAUUUAGAGAAAAGUCUAACCCU